CAAAGCAGUUGCACAUAUCGAAUUAUGAACCUUUUCAUUCUACUUUUUGUCUUAGGUUCUUUUUAGAGAACGCAUAAAACGGAUUAAAUUAUAGCCGUCGAAGUCAUCUCGAUACGUGCUGACUAUUAAUUAAGUCAUGGCAGAGUAACCGGGAUCAUGGAACCGCCUUCAAAGAGACCGAAACUUGGGCAAGCCCCUUAUGAUGAUGAUGACGAUGAUGAAGCAAAUCUAGAUGAGCUCUCUAUGAGCCCCACCCAGUUUGAUGCCAGACAAGAUCCUCUUUACGAGCUUGAUAAGGGAAGGGCCAAGGCUGCGACGAGACUGAAGUCGGCCUUUGAACGCAUCUUUGAAAAGUAUGGGAGGGAUUUCACUGGCGUCGGUGAUGAGAUUGACCUUGAGACUGGGGAGGUAAUUGUCAACAAUGGGCAUCUUCUAUCCUUAGAAGAUGAGAAAGAUCGGGCUAGGGAGGGUUCCGUCUUAAGUAAUGAAGAAGAAGGAAUUAUGAAAGAGAAGGAUAACCGACCGGUAGAAGACUCUGGCUCUAAAUCUUCGUUACCGACUAAACCAUCAAUGCAUAGUCCUUCUCCAGGACUACAUCCUGGGCUGAAUCAACCUAUCAUGCCGGGAGAGUUCAACCAUCAGCUAUAUCCCGGGAUGCAAUUACAUCCAUUCGGUCCCCCUGAUCCCUUCAUGUUCGGACCUCCAAUGUUCGCAAGUACCUCUGUUGAUCCGCUCUGGCAGUCUCCAGAACUUCCACAGCCUCUCUAUCAGGAUAGGUUUGGCUUUAUUGGCCAACCCGUGGGGUAUCACAACCAACUUGGAUAUGGACCGUCAAUAGCGCCAGGGGGUUACAACGGUGGUUUCCUCGGUCCUCCUUUUCACCAUCAGCUACCGAAGAAGGUUUCCCAUGCAAAGACAACGGGGCGUAAAAUUUUACCUCAUCCGACGCUGGCUACUAAUGAUUCCGACGAGGAUGAUAUCCUUUUGGGGGGUAAUACACAAGAAAUUGCUAAAAUUGCAACUACGGAAAAGAAUAAGUCCUCCCCAUUGGCUUCGGUAACUAAGAAGCCAAAGCAAACGGGCCGGAAGGAUACGAAAGUAGAUUCCGAGACUGUGACUGAACAAGCUUCUCAUACCCUUCAGAAAUCACAGCGCAGGCGACCAAAAAAGGUAGCCGUGCCCGUAGAACAACCAUGUUCUAAUACCAAAGUGAUAUCACCACCACCGUCGUCAGAAAAAGAGCCCACGGUAGUGGAGCAGAAAACUGAAAAGCUAGCCCAAAUUGAGGUCUUAAUUAGGGCAAUGCGUCCUUCCGAUGUUCAUGGGAAAUCUUCGCGGAGUCGUAAGCAGAUAGACUCCUAUGGCCAAAUGUCCAAGACCAAGAGUCGGCAAGGGUCGGAGACAGUCGAUCUAUCAAAUUCCCUCCAAGAUGUGGCCUUAGAAACUUCCGAUCCUUCUCCAAGAGUAGACGAACCUAAGGAACAUGCAGAGUCUGACACCCCUCAGCGUGGGGAGGUCAUGCAGCCUACAAUAAACGAAGACCUCAAAGAAGUCAUUGAUAGGCUAGCUGAUAUAACUGCUCCGGAUGAAGAAAGUCAUGAAGACGAACUGCUGGUGGGCCACGAAGAUACAAGCAAUAAUGAGAAUGUUGAGAUUGAGGUAGCCGAUCUCCCUUCCAAUCUUGAUAACUCGGGGGAGGCAGAACCCUUGUCUUCGAAUAAUGAGAUGGACACGAUAGUGAUGGAAAUACCGACAGAUAGCAAAACACCCCCGCUUAGCGAGCCUACAUCGCCUGGUAGCUAUUCUAAUAAGGAACAAGUACUCGAUAACCCACAGAAUUUGGAUCUGAAUGCCAACUCCGAUGAUCGAGAAGCAAACGCGGAGAGCAGUGCUAUAGGGAAUACGAACUGCGCAGUUGAAACUAUAUCCUAUGAUCUUAUGAGCGAUGAAAUCCAAGAUACCCCUAUAAAAGCCCAGGAAGUCAAUCUUGCACAAGAUAGUCCCCGUGAAGCAACCCCGAGUCUACCUGCAGCGACAGAACCAGAGGAGAGUGCUACUCGAUUGCCCGAUCCAAUACAAGAAGCUAUCCAACCUCUUAGCUCUCCCACUUCAGAGCUAGAGCUACCCCUCGAUCAUGCUAUAAUCCAGCCAGAUUCUACGGAACAAGACCCAGACCAGCCGUAUUCCCACAGAGAGGAAGAAGUCAUACCUUUGCCCACACCAGAACCAGAACCAGCUAUAUCACCUCCACGACAAGUCAGCCCACCUACCGAAACGUCCGAAUUGGUUUUGCGACCAUUACCGUCCCAAAGUGAACAAAGCAAGGAGGUCGAUCCAACGGAUGUUUUGAUGAACCUACCGAAGAACCCAUCCUCUUCAUCUACACAACAACCCGCCUCCAAAACCACAACCCCUAGCACGCCAAAGAAACGCAGCAAAGCAUCACCGGCCCUCGCAAAGACAAGCAGCAGCAGCCAUCGCACCCCAUCCACCCGUAGUAGAAACCGGGCCCUAACAUCCCUCAUCCCCGACGACCCAGACCAAGACGACGACGAACUAAGCGUCCUCUCAUCAAGCGUCACAACAAGCCCAUUCAUCACCCGACCCGACCGCAACAUCAUCAUCACCACCACAACCCCCCACCACCACCCCCGCGACUCCUCCUCCACACCCCGUAAAUCCAACCACCACCAUCGUCACGGCUUCCUCACGAGCUCCAGCACACAUCAUACCCCCCACCACCGCACCAACAGUAAGCGCGCCGCGCCCCCCGCCACCGACUCCCGCGCGUUCCGCGGCACCAAGCGCAGGUUCAUGGCCAGCAGCCCCGUGGCGGCGCAGAGCUCGCCGCUAGCGCGCACGGUGGUGAACGCCGAUGAUAGCAUCAGCAUCAGCGUUCUCGCUUCUACGCCGUCAUCGCGGCGGGUACGGAUAGGCGGCCGUGGUGGCGGUGGUGGCCCGAGCGUAAUGCUAGAGAGCAGCAGCAGUCCCGUGCGCACGCCGGGCGGCUCGGCGCGCAGGUGUGGCGAGGAUGGGUUCGUGUGCGAUCGGGAUUUCUGCUUUACGUGCUGUAAGUAGAUAACUUAGAUGGGAUGGCAUGCAUGCAUGCAUGUGGCAUAUCCAUUAGUUUAAGGGAUGGGACGGUAUGUAUGGGGAGGUGGAUAUACGUGGCUUGAGCCCAAAGACGGGUUACCUAUAGAUAGAUGAGGAUGAAGUGCAUAUAGCUG